CCAAACUUGAAGCAUCCUAGCAGACGAUGUUGAAAGACAAGGAUAGAGCUAAAGGUGGCAAAAACGCCAAUGUUUACAUUAUUUUGAAUGGCACCGUUUUAAUUUUUCGCUGAAUAUACGUAAUGGUGAAAGCUUGUGCAGCUUUUGGUUGCACUAAUAGAUUCGGCAGUUGUGGUGGAUUAAGUUUCCACAACUGGGAUGGUACUAAAUGUUUGAAACAGUUCAAACAUACCUUGGAAGAAAAUGUAGACAAAAUUUUAGACGAAGAAUCUGAAACACAAAACAUCCAGAAGACCAACAUGUUACAAGUUUCCGGUUCUCGAGAGGUAGAAAGUAUGAACCAGUCUAAAGAGACCGUAGUACCCACUUCUGAGCUGCCACAGAGAACGAAACGAGCAUCGCUGGACAUUAACGAAGAAUCUAAGCGCACAUCUGAACGCAGAAACAAAAGGGACGUGAAUAUGUUGGUAGGAGAAAAUACUGAAGAUGAUAUUCCUAAUGAGGUGCCAACAAUGAUUGCUGAAGAGGAUGCUUCAAAGUCACAAGACGCAGCUUGGAAAGUGAACUUCCCAGACGAGUUCGCCACCAUCAUGUUUACCAAUGGUUGCAAAUAUGUUGGUCGCAUCUCACGUAAAAUAAUGGAGGGAACUGGCACAUACUACAUGUCCGAUGGCUCGACUUAUGAGGGUGACUUCCAGGACGGCGAGAUGAGCGGGAAGGGUCGCCUGCAGUGGCCGGACCUGAGCUGGUACGAGGGCGAGCUGUACAGAGGGCAUCGACACGGGGUGGGCAUCUUUGUGUCGGCGGCUGCUGCUCUCACCUACAUGGGCCACUGGCGGCUCGCGCAGAAGCACGGCUCGGGCUUGCUGGUCUACAGCCAGCACCAGGGCUUCUACGAUGGCGAGUGGGUAGAGAACGUGCGACAAGGACAUGGAGUCCGGCAGUACGCCUCUGGCAGCCGGUACGCUGGCCAGUGGCAUCAACACUGCAGACACGGCUUUGGCACAAUGACGUGGAUCCAACACCAGAUGUAUCGUGGCGACUGGAGUGCGGGGGAAAUGCAUGGACAAGGACGCUACACUUGGGACGCCUGCUUGAACCAGCAGUUCGUGUUCCCUCAAGCGAGUGUGUUCAGCGGCUCUUGGGAACAAGGCAACAUCUCUGGUGCCGGACUGCUUCAGCUGGACGGUGACUUGCGAAUCGUAGGUCAAUGGAAGGGGGGCGUCAAACACGGUUCUGGUUCCAUUGUGAGCAGCAGUGGUUCUGUGAUGACGUGCCAGAGGCUCUUCCACGAUGACUGCUUUGUGGCGGGGCGGCCACUCGCGAGUGGUCCAGGCGCAGCCGGGCAUCGCCACGCCUCUUGCCUCGACGAACUUUCCAAGGAGAAAACCUUUUUAAUUUACAAUUCGUGCACUCAAAUUAAUCUGGAUUUUUAUAUUGAGCUAAUAAGGAAGGAGAUUUUGAAAAACCCUGUUGAUUUUUCAAGAGGUGAUGAGUUGAAGAUAGAUUGUGAAACUUUGCUGCAAACUGAAGAAAGAAAGAUACACCAAGUAUUACUGCUUGCUAUGCCACAACUGCGAAAGUUGUACGAAAAGUACGCUACUGCUGCAUGUCAAGAGAAGCCACAUUUUAAGCCAGUGAUGGCGAGAAUCAUGCUGUGGCAACUAUAUCGUGAUAUUGGGAUCCAGCACAGGAACCUUUCCAUCGCAGAUAUCGAUAAAGAAUUAGCGAAUAACCCAUCCAUCCUUCUGCAAGAUACCCACAAUCCAUUCGAGACUAUCAUGUUUUGGCAGUUUGUACACUGUUUGCUUAGUCUGGCCUGGACACUCUACAGUCAAGAAAAUGAACUCAAUACUUUGUCGUCGGGAUUCCUGAAGCUUUUAAAGGAUGACUUAUCUUGCUGCUGGAAUCACCAUACAGGGACGGUGUUGGUAGAGAACAUUCAUACUUUACCGCUGAAAUCAGUCUACAAUCUCUACUGUAGCCUAGGGGUGCCAGUUACAGCCAGGAGCUUCUUACUCUACGUCUGCUCUUUGGAGUGGUCCAGCCUGCAACAUGAGUGGCUCGAAGGAAGGAACACAGUGACCGCUGAUGGAGAAGUGACGCACCGUGCCACCUGCCGGCAGCCGUGGGAACCUCGUCCGGGCCACAGACAGGAGCCCGUGCCUGAGGCGAGGAUAAGCCCUGCGGUGGCGCUGCUGUGUUUGAAGACACUGUGCCCCUUGGUUGUCGGCGAGAAUCACAUCGUGGUUAACAUCGACUAUCCUAUGGUUUUCAUCGAGUUCUACGAGGCACUAUUAAUGUGCGCUGAUUAUUUGCAUUCAUCAUUUAUCCAUCAGGAAAUGCAAACUAUCAACCAUUUUUAGUACUAAUCAUAACAUUAUGUAGUGUUAAUUUAACUAAAAAAAGUGUUAACACUGAAAUAAUUUAACAGCAAUGUCUAUAAAUAACUAAAUCAUUAAAAUAUUUACCUUAAU